GCUAGGAGAUAGUUAUCUGAAGCCAACUGCUACUGGGGAAAAAUAUCAAAUUUGUCUUUGUUUAUUACAGUCAUUUUCUCUGUUUAGGGGAAAAGUGAAGAUGAAAGACCGACUUCAAGAACUAAAGCAGAGAACAAAAGAAAUUGAACCCUUCACAAACACUCAGUUAUUAACUAUGGAGUCAGAGGAACAAGGGGUGUUUGUGCAGCAAGCUGUUAUUUAUGAAAGAGAACCCGUAGCUGAAAAGCACCUACAUGAGAUCCAAAAGCUACAGGAGGACAUUAAUAAUUUUGCAGAUGAUGUUCAACAAUUUGGACAGCAGCAAAAAAGUCUGGUGGCUUCCAUGAGAAGGUUCAGUCUACUCAAGAGAGACAGUAGCAUUGCAAAGGAGAUAAAAUGCCAAGCAGAAAACAUUACCAGAGGUUUGGGUAAUUUAGUUAAAGAACUUAAAAAGUCAGAGGUUGAAAAUGGGCCAACAUCUGUGGUCACAAGGAUACUUAAAUCUCAGUAUGCCGCCAUGUUCCGCCACUUUCAGCAAACCAUGUUUAUGUACAAUGAAACAAUAGCAGCAAAGCAAGAAAAAUGCAAGACUUUUAUAUUCCGUCAGCUUGAAGUUGCUGGGAAAGUACUGCCUGAAGAAGAAGUAAAUGAAAUGCUUCAUCAAGGAAAAUGGGAAGUUUUUAAUGAAAGCUUACUUACGGAAACAAAUAUCACUAAAGCACAACUCUCAGAGAUUGAGCAGAGACACAAGGAACUUGUUAAUUUGGAGAACCACAUAAAAGAUUUACAUGAUCUUUUCAUUCAGAUUUCUCUUUUAGUGGAGGAACAAGGAGAGAGUAUCAACAAUAUUGAAAUGAUGGUGAACAGUACACAAGAUUAUGUUAACAUUACUAAAGAGAAAUUUGGACUUGCUGUAAAAUACAAAAGAAGAAAUCCUUGCAGGAAACUGUGCUGUUGCUGUUGUCCAUGCUGUGGCUCAAAAUAAAGAAGUUACUUUAGAAACUUUUCUAGUUUUUAGGUAAAAGAUAUCCCACAUUUCAGUGUCUAUUUUGUAUUUUUUCAUUUCACCGUUAUAUUCACACAUUGCAUAACUGCUAAGUUAUAACUUUUCCCUUUAGCAUUUCUUACUUGAAUUACAGAAACUUCAGAAGCUAGUGGCGAAUCAAAUCCUUAAGUUAAUACUCAAAAAUUAAUAAGCCACAAUGAAGUUAGAUUCAUCCUAGAUAUGAGGGGAUGGUUUAGUAUAUAGACAAAUAUAUUUGAUAAGGAC